AUGAGAACUAAUUUUAAUAAGAUUGCAACCAAACGACAUAUAUACAGUGUAGUACAACUUCCAGUCUUAGACAAUAGCCAGAUGUUUAUGCAGUAUGGAAUCUUUACACAGUACCGAGUCAAACAAUGUGAAACUGAGAAUACAGAACUGAAGGACACUGGAGCCAGACCCUCAGAGACGGAUACAGAACUGAAGGACACUGGAGCCAGACCCUCAGAGACGGAUACAGAACUGAAGGACACUGGAGCAAGACCCUCAGAGACGGAUACAGAACUGAAGGACACUGGAGUCAGACCCUCAGAGACGAAUACAGAACUGAAAGACACUGGAGCCAGACCCUCAGAGACGGAUACAGAACUAAAGGACACUGGAGCCAGACCCUCAGAGACGGAUACAGAACUGAAGGACACUGGAGCCAGACCCUCAGAGACGGAUACAGAACUGAAGGACACUGGAGUCAGACCCUCAGAGACGGAUACAGAACUGAAGGACACUGGAGCCAGACCCUCGGAGACGAAUACAGAACUGAAAGACACUGGAGCCAGACCCUCAGAGACGGAUACAGAACUGAAGGACACUGGAGCCAGACCCUCAGAGACGGAUACAGAACUGAAGGACACUGGAGCCAGACUCUCAGAGACGGAUACAGAACUGAAGGACACUGGAGCCAGACCCUCAGAGACGGAUACAGAACUGAAGGACACUGGAGCCAGACCCUCAGAGACGGAUACAGAACUGAAGGACACUGGAGCCAGACCCUCAGAGACGAAUACAGAACUGAAGGACACUGGAGCCAGACCCUCAGAGACGAAUACAGAACUGAAGGACACUGGAGCCAGACCCUCAGAGACGGAUACAGAACUGAAGGACACUGGAGCCAGACCCUCAGAGACGGAUACAGAACUGAAGGACACUGGAGCCAGACCCUCAGAGACGGAUACAGAACUGAAGGACACUGGAGCCAGACCCUCAGAGACGGAUACAGAACUGAAGGACACUGGAGUCAGACCCUCAGAGACGAAUACAGAACUGAAAGACACUGGAGCCAGACCCUCAGAGACGGAUACAGAACUAAAGGACACUGGAGCCAGACCCUCAGAGACGGAUACAGAACUGAAGGACACUGGAGCCAGACCCUCAGAGACGGAUACAGAACUGAAGGACACUGGAGUCAGACCCUCAGAGACGGAUACAGAACUGAAGGACACUGGAGCCAGACCCUCAGAGACGGAAACAGAACUGAAGGACACUGAAGCCAGACCCUCGGAGAUGAAUACAGAACUGAAGGACACUGGAGCCAGACCCUCAGAGACGGAUACAGAACUGAAGGACACUGGAGCCAGACCCUCGGAGACGAAUACAGAACUGAAAGACACUGGAGCCAGACCCUCAGAGACGGAUACAGAACUGAAGGACACUGGAGCCAGACCCUCAGAGACGGAUACAGAACUGAAGGACAUUGGAGCCAGACUGGAGUUGACCUAUAUUGCUUAA